CACCUGCACGCUACGCAGGCGCAAAGCUUUUCUUUCCUCACAAAGACGGCGGGGGGUCGGGCCACGCAAAUAGAGUCAUCAUUCCGCUUCUAGGCGCAGAGGGGGCGGGGCCACGCAUGCGCCGUGAGGACGUGUGAGACUUAUUUCACGCGGGGAGAUGGUGACGUAAUGACAGAGGAGGCGGUGGUCAAAGAACGGAAGCCGGGAGGGAACGAGGGCGAAAGGGGACCCGGGCCAGGCUGGUGUUCAGAGUCUUGGCGGGGCUGGGGUUCCGAUGUGGUCCCCGGAGCGGGAGGCCGAAGUCCCGGCCGGGGGAGACCCGGCGGGCCUGCUGCCCCCCGAGUGGGAGGAGGACGAGGAGCGCAUGUCCUUCCUGUUCUCCGCCUUCAAAAGGAGUCGCGAGGUGAACAGCACCGACUGGGACAGCAAGAUGGGCUUCUGGGCGCCGUUGGUGCUGAGCCACAGCCGCCGCCAGGGGGUGGUGCGCCUGCGACUGCGGGACUUGCAGGAGGCCUUCCAGCGCAAGGGUAGCGUCCCGCUGGGGCUGGCCACGGUGCUGCAGGACCUGCUGCGUCGCGGGGAGCUGCAGCGGGAGUCAGACUUCAUGGCUAGUGUAGACAGCAGCUGGAUCUCCUGGGGGGUCGGAGUCUUCCUGCUGAAGCCCCUCAAGUGGACUCUCUCCAACGUGCUCGGGGAUAAUAAGGUUCCUGCCGAGGAGGUGCUCGUGGCUGUGGAGCUGCUUAAGGAGAAGGCUGAGGAGGUGUAUCGUCUGUAUCAGAACUCCCCUCUCUCCUCCCACCCUGUGGUGGCCCUGUCGGAGCUGAGCACCCUCUGUGUGGGCCCCUGUCCCGACGAGAGGACCUUCUACUUGGUGUUGCUGCAGCUACAGAAAGAGAAGAGAGUCACAGUCCUCGAGCAGAAUGGGGAAAAGAUUGUAAAGUUUGCCCGGGGGCCACAUGCCAAGGUCUCUCCUGUCAACGACGUAGAUGUUGGGGUGUACCAGCUGAUGCAGAGUGAACAGCUGCUCUCGCGCAAAGUGGAGUCCUUAUCCCAGGAAGCAGAGAGGUGUAAGGAAGAAGCCCGCCGAGCAUGCCGAGCAGGAAAGAAGCAACUGGCACUGAGGUCUCUCAAAGCCAAACAACGGACGGAGAAGCGCAUUGAGGCCCUGCAUGCCAAGCUGGACACUGUUCAAGGCAUCCUGGACCGGAUCUAUGCCUCCCAGACGGAUCAGAUGGUUUUCAACGCUUAUCAGGCUGGGGUAGGAGCCCUAAAACUCUCCAUGAAGGAUGUCACAGUGGAGAAGGCGGAGAGCCUCGUGGACCAGAUUCAGGAGCUGUGUGACACCCAGGAUGAAGUUUCUCAGACUCUGGCUGGUGGGGUAACCAAUGGCUUAGAUUUUGACAAUGAGGAACUAGAGAAGGAAUUGGACAUCCUUCUUCAGGAUACCACCAAAGAACCUUUGGAUCUGCCCGACAACCCCCAUGAGUUGUUUUAUACCAACAGUGUGCCUAUCCCUAGGAUCUCGGACGCUGAACUUGAAGCUGAACUUGAGAAACUGUCCUUAUCAGAUGGAGGUUUGGUCCCAAGCAGGAAAUCUCCAAAAAGGCAAUUGGAACCGACUCUCUAAGCCAUUGUUUGACCCUCAAGUGAAGGACCUUCCUAUAAAAGAGAGACCGGCUUGUAUGUGUGUACAUAGUUAUUUAAAUGGAAACCCUCAGAGGAGGAAGGAGAGCCGCUCUGAUUUAUCUGGAUGCUGCCACGUACUACAGGACAGAUCGUUUCUGGACGCGUGCUCCAGAGGCCUGCUCCCAGCUGGCUGUGGACCUGCCUGUCAUCUUUAUAGUGCCACAAUUUAUACAGUUCUGUGUUUGCCCUGUCGUCUCUCAUAGCCUGCAGUUCUUGCCGUUGGCUCAGUUAGGUUUGUCUUUACCCACCAAUGGAGGUGAAAGUUUUGCAGCUUUGCUAAAUCAAAAUCAGUCUUCUCCCCCCACCCCCACUGUUUCUUAGAGGAAUGUAUUCUGUCUGUAAGGUCAGUUAAGGAACUUGAUCCAGUCCCACUCUUCUUUCAUUGGUAAAGAGAAGAAUGAGAAUCAAACAGCUGCCACUUUAUGCAGAAACAUACAGUGUAAAAGGUUCUUUUCUAGGGUCAUUUGUCAAAUUCUCCAGGUGUUCAGAAAAAGAGGUCACCCUGAGUGGCUGAGAAGCAUGACAUGUGGAGGGAGCUUGUGUGGUGGUGGUCGCUGUUGCCUCUUCUAAGCAGGAAGAUCUGGCUGGAGAAAGGGUUAUUCUUGGACUUUUGAACUUGAAAGGGAGAAGCCCAGGUGACUGCAGGGCCCCAAGUGUCCAAAUCCCGUAUGCUUUUUUAAAGAGGCAUAAUCUGCCUUGCCCCAUCAUGGAAUAAUUUGAGACACAUAUAUCAGAACAAGCCACACAACAACACACCUCCCCUCCUUGAGCCCGACACAACAACAGGUUCUGUGAAUUUCAGUAGCAUUUUGCUCUGUGCCCACUGCUCAGGGCAGGGGACCUAAGCCAGGCUGUGCAAUAGAAGCAGAAGAUCAGGGCCUUCUGUUGGAUCUGCUACGUGCCUCCCAGUCCUGCUCUCCACCUGUCCCUGCCUCCUCGAGCCCCAUCUUCCUACUCCUUUGAUGAAUGGGGGAGGAUGGCGUAGUGGGACAGACAGGAGGGAGUCUGAAUGCUGUGGCAACAGGGAGAAGAGGAGGACAGCCACACUGCCACUUUGCUGCCACCAUGCAAGUCCUGCCUGGAGCCGCUCCUGGCCCCCCACCUGAGGUGGUGUGGGCGAGGGGAAGAGUUUGCCCCAGGCCAGGAGCUCAAAUCACCUUUCAACAAAUGUCUCUCCCACUGGACCUGGGUCAACUGAAAUGUAGGGAGGGAAGAGAUACAAUCACUAUUUUUUCUUUUUUAUCUGGUAAAUAAUUAAAAGAAAAAACCCAA